AUGACCGGCCUAGAAUCCAUCAAUGGCGGCAGCGCCUGGUACAAAUGCAACCCACCCAUGAUCCUCGGCGAAGCCCCCAUCUACCGAGCCCGCGACUCAACCCUCCACUGGGUCGACUGCCUCGCCAGCCCCCCAACACUACAUAUCCUCCGCGUCGACCCCGAGACCGGGAACGCCGUUGGCGACGCGCGCGUUCUCCAACUCGCAGACAGCGUAACAGUGCACUUCUUCCGGCGAAAUAACCCGGGGAGCUACAUCUGCGCAUACUACCAGGGAAUCGCGUUCCUCGACGAGGAGACGGGUCGGCUCGACGUCGUGCACGAGAUCAUCCCUACGGCAGACCGCGACAAGCGGCGGUUCAACGACGGCGGCGUCGAUGCGCGGGGCCGCUUCUGGCUUGCCGAGAUUGAUCUCAAGGCGAUGGGGUAUGGGCCGAAUGGGCUUCCGGCGGAUUAUGGGAGGCCGAUUGGGCGGUUAUGGAGGUUUGACCCUGAUGGGAGCUUGCAUGAGAUGGAUGGGGGAUUUGUCUGUGGGAAUGGGUUGGCGUGGAGUCCGGAUAACUCGACCAGCAAGUAA